AUGACACGACUGCGGUCAACCGAUUCAGCAAGAAGAUUUUUCGAAUCACCUCGUACCCAAUGUCCCAACUCACAUCAUCCUUCCCCAAUCCGUAAAAUUUUGUUAUCAUUAUCCGAAUGGUCAUAUCGGAACAACAACAGUAUGGAUUCCAUGCUGCCGAAAGUUAAUUCUUCUCUCUCCUCCUCCUCAUCUUGUAAAUAUUAUUAUUAUUAUUAUUUGUUAUUUAUUUUCAUCUUGGUUGUGAUGAUGUCAAGUCGGAUUCUUCCAACUCUGGCAGUACAUGCAUCAAGUCCUUCAAUCACUCAAGAUUUGGCCUCCAAUCCUUAUUCAAAAUUCCAACUAUUGAAUGACCAGCAAGAGGAAUCAUCAUCUGUGGACAUUUCAACAAAAUUUAUGAGAGCUCUUUCUAAACAAAAAGAAUUUCAUCUUUCUGGAAAGCGAAGAAAUGCUGUCACGAAUAUGGCCAAUGGAGGAGAACAACCUUUUGAAUUGUUUCCAAUUGCUGGGCGUAAUCAACCCAUCGCUGUUAAAGCCGAUAUUGAAUACAGGUUUUUAGGAAUGGACUUUGGUGGCCAGUAUGUGAACGGACAUUUGAUCAUUUUGAAAAAUCCUAUUCAACAUUUUUCGUUUUUGGAACCAGGCCCUCCACCAAAAGUGGAAUCAAGCAAAAAAUCAGAAAACACAUCAUCCAUAUCAAAAAUAGUCAAUGCUUACCAACAAUCAAACAGAGACAUGAGGGGUGGUUGUUAUUAUAAUGUGACAGCGACCGUUGUGGAAACAGCAAAGAAUAACUUGAAUAAUCAUUUCUGUCUAUAUGCCACAAAUGCUGGAUUUUUUAAUACUCAUGUUCAUUCAUGUUUAGGAAAUGUUAUUUCUGAUGGCAGAAUAGUUCACUCAAGUAAGAGACAUAAUGUAAAUUUUGGAAUUACCAAGGAUGGCGAGUAUUUCGUUGGAUAUUUGAAUGAGAACACAGAUUUAACCAAGUUUGAUCAAUUGAUGGCAGGAGUUAUUUGGCUUGUGAGAAAAGGUCAAUCAUUUGUUACCGAAUCUGAAAUGAUUGAAGAAAUGACCACACAAGAGACUGGUCCAUCGUUUGUCACCGUACGUGCAUCUCGAUCUGCUAUCGGUCACAAUAAGGACGGUCAUCUUGUUCUCAUAUCUAUUGACGGUGACGGAAAUCAUAGCAAAGGGCCAACACUUCAUGAAUUAGCCUUGUUACUUAUUGAACUAGGUGUCGAGAAUGCCAUUAACCUAGACGGAGGAGGAUCUGUGACUGUUGUUCGUGACAAUAACAUCAUCAUCAACAGUGUCAGUGAUGGAUGUCAUGCAUCUGCCGACAACGACUAUGAUGCCGAUUUUGGCAAAAGAAACUCAUAUUUUAGAUGCCCUAGAAAUGUCAUGACUACUACAUGUUUUCAUGAUUAUUUGAGCGAAACGGAGAGAGCCAUCCAAAAGGCACUUGUUGGACAAGACCAAGAGCAAUUUUCUUCGAGAAUCAAUCAGUUUAUAUUCCUCAUGCAAAUAUUGAUUGCUUUGGUGUUAAUUAUUGGAUUUUCUGUCAUUAUCCUGUUGAUUGUUUUCACAUGUUCCCUGUGUUGCUGUGGUGGAAUUGGUGGCAGUCGCAGUGAUACUCAUGGCGUAAAAAAGCCAAGAAAAGGACCUAAAUAUGCCAAACUUAAUGAAAAUGACUUGGAAAUGAUGAACAUGUCUAUUGACGAAGACGACCAGAGUGAAAAUGGAGAUGUUCUUCAAUCAGUGGACAAGGAAUUUAUGGAAACUCAGAGCCCUCAAACAACAACCAAAUAG